AUGGAAGGUUCCAACUUGAGGCAUCCCGAGCUAGUUGUGGUCAGUACCUCUGGGGCUAGUCUUUUGGACUACGUGGCUAGAGGUGGCCGAGCUUUCAUGGAGUUGAUCCCUCAAGUUACGAGGCAUGUCUGUACGUUUGGCGAGGAGAUCCAUCAUCUGAAGUUGGAGGCCAACAAGAGGGAGGCAAGGCUUGCUGAGCUUCAGUUCUUUCGCCAGUUGAUUGCUGCCACCACUUUAGAGAUCGGUUGA